GGGCCGGUCACUCUCAUGUGACGUCAUGUGCAUUGGUAUGCAUCCAGUGACCUUAUCUUAUGGUUGUGUUGUCUGCAUGACUUUCUGACGGCGGGAAAUUCGAUUCUCUUCCUAUCUUCAUGGACCAAACAGCACAGAUAGAGCGAGAGCCUUUCGCUGACGAGAAGGCACCUUCCACUGUCCAAAACAUGCACUGGAGAGCUAAGGCAGAUCCAGAGCUUGUAUGGCACGCAACUCAAAACUACAAGCGUCAACGCAGCACUGUCCGAUCGAAGAUCCUUGGUUUUGCAUGUUUUUUGGGUCUUGCAUUGUUGUCCCAUCACUUCUGGCCAUCUCUUACAACCAAUGCCUUCCCCACUCACGAGAGCCAGAGGUUACUUGCUGUAGCGGAUGAGAUGUGUCCGCAAGUCUCUGCUAUCACACCUUCGAGCCACGCGCUGCUAGUCGACUCUCUCGAUAAGGAGUACGGAACCAAAGAGUUCAAACUAAAGGCAUACGAGUCACUGGGAGGCGCCGUAAGGAUUCCGACCGUGUGCUAUGACGAUCUUGGCACUCCAGAAGAGGACCCGCGAUGGAAGGUAUUCGAUGAGUUCCAUACCUACAUCGAACAGCGUUUCCCAAAAGUCCACGCCUCUCUACAGCGCACCAAGAUUGCGACCUAUGCACUUGUCUAUCACUGGCAAGGAACAGAUACGUCUUUGAAGCCACUUCUCUUGGCUGCGCAUAUGGACGUGGUCCCCAUAAACGCUGCAACUGAAGCUGACUGGAUCAACCCCCCUUUUUCGGGUUAUUAUGAUGGUGAGUGGAUUUGGGGGAGAGGCAGCUGCGACGACAAGUCUGGAGCCAUCGGCAUCAUGACUGCCAUCGAGACUCUCCUUGAGCAAGGGUUCAAACCUACAAGAACCGUCGUCUUAGCUUAUGGCAUCGACGAGGAGCGUGGUGGCCCAACUGGAGCUGCAGCAAUUGGAAAGUAUCUCGUAAAGACCUAUGGAGAAGAUUCCAUCUCAAUGAUUGUCGAUGAAGGAGGAAAAUACUCAGACUUGAGCGGUACUGUGUUUGCAACUCCCGCAGUUGCUGAGAAAGGAUACUUGGACGUUCGUGUGGAUGUUCUCACACCUGGAGGGCACUCGAGCAGACCUCCGAGACAUACUGGCAUUGGUAUCCUCGCCGGCGUUGUCACUGAGCUCGAGGCGAACCCACACGUCCCGAAGCUUGCACGCGACCGAACCUACUAUCAGGGUCUGCAGUGCAGGGCAAAGUACGAUGCUGGGUUCCCCUCUGAUAUGCGCAAACUUGUCAUCGAAUCGCAGACUAGCGACGAGAAGUUGCAUGAGCUGGAGACAAAGCUUGACGAUUUCGACCCAGAAUACUCUGCUUCGGCAGGUACAACUCAAGCCAUCGACAUCAUCUACGGUGGCGUUAAGAUCAACGCACUGCCUGAAGCUGUUUACGCCAUUACAAACCACAGAAUCGCAGAUCACAGCUCUGUUUCUGAACUUCAAGACCGAUUUGUGAGCAUCGUCGCACCUGUUGCGGCAAAGUACAAUAUGUCUCUGGAUGCAUUUGGGAAGCAAAUCAACCCCGAGGCAUCUACAUGGGGUCUUGUGAAGGUUUCAGAGGCAUUCGGCGCGGGAUUAGAACCUGCACCUGUCACCCCAACUACCGGAAGCGGGCCAUAUGAACUGCUUUCGGGUACCCUCUUGUCCACGCUGAAGACCAACCUCCGUACGGAUGACUUCCCCGAGUUUUCCGUCGUGUCACCUGGCCUUUCCCUAGGAAACACGGACACAAGGCAUUACUGGAGCCUUACCAGACACAUUUUCCGAUAUAACCACCGUGGUGCCACUGAUGGCUACAAUGGCGCGCAUACCAUUAAUGAAGCCAUGAGAGCAGAGGGCUUCUUGGAACAAAUUCGCUUCUUCACGAGGUUGAUUCUGAACGCUGACGAAACUAACCUCCUGGAGUAAAUCUAAGCGCAGCGAUGGGAAUGGAAUCUAGAAAUAGCCCCUAUGUCGCUUGUUUUCAUAUGGCUCUUUCAAAGAGUGACUUCGCUUAGUAGCCGCGUGUGAUCGUUUAGUUUUAGUAGCUAGUUAUCAUGUAAGAUAGGAAGUCGUGUGUUGAUUUCAGCGCAUGGAACAAACGAAUAAACGAAUUUCGCAUGGAAAA